AAGAAGCUCGGCGUCUGGCCUCCCGUGUGGCUGCUGUUGGUACUGCGCUGCCGGCGGCGCCGCACCCUGCCUCGGUUUACCGCCUCUCCACCCCGCCUCGUUUGGGAGCUGAUCGCAAGCGGGGGGCGAAAAGUUGACUCCGCCCGCGCAGAAGUCUUGAUCCUGUUUGGUUUUACUGGCUUGAAAUUAUCAUCUUGUUUUCGUGAUUUUUUUCCUAUACCUAUACAUAUUCAUAACUUAUUAUAAGGACAUUAAAGUGAAAAGAUGUCUCAGGAUCCAAACAUACCAAAUGUAACUGAGGGAAAAUCAGAUGUGCCACAGGAUAAUCAACAGGACCAUGUGGACAAUGCAGAGCAGUGUGUCCGAAAGAAGAUUCGACAGAACACACCAAGUCCUAGUAGAAGCAACAUAUCUGAGGCUAGCCCUGCUCAGUUUGUGUCAGUGGAGGAACUGAUGGAUACAGCAAAAGGUGUUACAAACAUGGCCUUGGCCCAUGAGAUUGUUAUCAAUGGAGGUUUUCAGAUUAAGCCGACUGACUUGCCAGAAAACAGUCUUGAAAAAAGAGUAAGAGAUAUUGUCCACAAAGCUUUUUGGGAUUGCUUGGAAACACAGUUAAAAGAAAACCCCCCUUCAUAUGAUCACGCAAUUAAACUUGUAGGAGAAAUUAAAGAGGCUCUCUUGUCUUUUUUGCUGCCUGGCCAUACUCGAUUAAGAAAUCAGAUUACUGAUGCUCUUGAUCUGGAGCUGAUAAAACAGGAGGCUGAGAAUGGUGCCCUUGACAUUUCUAAGCUGGCAGAAUUCAUCAUUGGAAUGAUGGGGACACUCUGCGCUCCAGCGAGAGAUGAAGAAAUCCAGAAGUUGAAAGACAUUCGUGAAAUUGUUCCCCUGUUCAGAGCAAUUUUCUCUGUGUUGGAUUUGAUGAAAAUGGACAUGGCUAAUUUUGCUGUCAGUAGCAUUAGGCCACAUUUAAUGCAGCAGUCAGUAGAAUAUGAAAGAAAGAAAUUUCAGGAACUAUAUGAAAAACAGCCAAAUUCCUUAGAUUUUGUGACUGAAUGGCUGCAAGAGGCCAUGGUUGAUCUACAAUCCAAAGUUGCCUGUGCUAGUAAUAAUGGUGCUGCCUCACCCAGUAGAGUCCCGGCACUGAGUCCUGUUGCUGUACAAAAUCAUGCAUAUAUCCAACUACUCAAGUGGAACCAUCUGCAGAAACCUUUUCCAGAAACUGUCUUAAUGGACCAAAGCCGUUUCCAAGAAAUGCAGCUGGAAUUGGACCAGCUUAUUCUAAUUGGUGCUAUUCUUCUGGUCACAUUCAAUGCAUCAGGCACAGCUCUUUCUGAUUUGCCAGUUUUUACCAACGAACUCAAAAUGGCUAUCCAAGUAUUGCUGACAGGGCUACACCUUCCUUCCUUCAACUUGGAUGAAACUUUGGCUGUUGUAAGUGAAAAGAUUUGUGCUGAAGUUAACAGUUGCCUUUCCCAGCAUGGCUUCACACCAUUUACAUCUGAAAAAGUGAUUGUGCUUAAAGGACAAAUCCAGGCUCUUGCCAAUCCUGAUAAUGCUGUAUGCAAACUGAUAGAUUCAAGGAUCCAGUUGUUUUUAGAGAAUUACCUUGCUUGUGGUCAUCAGAAAUCACUUCCUCCUGUGCCUGGUGGAUUGGCCCCUAUUCAGAGAGAGCUGAAGGAGAUUGCUAUCAAGUAUAUUCGCCUUGUUGACUACAACAAGCUAGUUUUCAGUCCUUAUUAUGAUUCAAUUCUCAGCAAAAUAUUGAAUAAAGAGUUUCCUUAGCUGUGAAGAAAACUGAAAAAUGCCAAGUCCAUUUGUAUGCAGUCCCUCAACAAUAGGGAUUCAGUCGGGGGCCAGAAGGCUGUUUUAGUCUGCUUUUACUCUUUUUUGUCAAAAUUAUAGGGCUGGAAAACGAAAGCUUCCUUUAGAUACCAGUUGUUCAUUUAGGAUCCCUACAAUCAGUCCUGCCAUGUUCUGUACCCUUCUGGGUCACCUCCCCCUACUCAGCCCACUGCUAUUCAGAGACCUCUUUAAAACAUUACCUGGGGCAGAUACAUUCAUGCAUUUAGGGUAAAAUGCAGUAUCUCAAGAAUUGUGCUGAUCAUACUUCAAUUGGACUUUUUACAGAAGUCCCCAGCAUGGUUGGCUUGCAUCACCGCAUUCCACUUGUUCCUUUCGGAUAGUAGCUUAGAGAUACAGAUAAAUUUAGGAAUCAAGUGAUUUGCUGUAUUCUGUCAAAGCAGAAUCAUACAUGGAAAAAAAUUGUGAAUCUAUGCUUGGAUAUUAUUGCUGGCUUAUUGUGGUUACCUUUCACCUAUUGAAAAAACAUCAAAACAUUUAAAGAAACAGCUUUCCAAACACGUUUCCAAAUAAUUCAAUAGCAGUGAUCAAAUAUCGUUAUGUAUAAUAUACAUAAAAUAUUUUGGCUUGGUAUAUAACUUUAUUAGCUAUGAUGGCCAUUGGCAACAUAUAAGGGUAAUUAUGAAAACCAUCCUGUUCGCAUAAUGCAAAGUACAUGCUAACAGGUUAUAUAUAUAUAAUUCUUCAAGCCUGUUCUAAAAUCUACAACUUAAAUUCCCACAUAUUCAGAGUUUGAAUAUUGGUAGUUAAAGCACUUUAGAUGUAUUCUGCAAGCCAAGGCUCUUUUGUGUUUCUGCGAGCCAUGGUUUUCUAUAGCAUUUGUUUCUGUACCUGCAGAUACUCGGUCAAAAUCAUAUAUUUUUGUAGAGUACUUUCCAGUUCUUUAUUUCCCUAUUCAUAAGAAUGCUGUUCUGUAGACUCAAGGAAGUGUUUUUCUUUUUACCUGUGAGAACUCUUUUGAAAAGAGCGGUUUCUUAGUUUUCUAUUAAUGUAGAUUUUCUUUGCAGCAAAUACAAACGAGACCUUGAAUAAGAAUUUUUCACUAGAUAUAACGAGAAAAUGGGAUGAGGUUUUAAACAUUAAGAAGGAAAUAAAAAUGAUAAUAUUAGAGAACAAUGAAAUAAUUUCCUAGUUUCUUAGUUUUCUAUUAAUGAAGUAUAAAAUGCUACUAAAGACAAGCAAACUUUUAUAAGCUGAAGCAGUUGAGUAAAAUAAAUCCACUGAAUGUUAAUGAAUAUCAUUUACAUAAAAGUUUGGGAUUAGAAGAAAAGACAGAUUAAAGUCCUAGCUUGUAUCCUCCUUACUAGUGAAAAUAUGAAACUUCCAAUUCAAUUGCUAUUUUAGUUGCAAAUAUUGGCAUUAGUGUGCUCAUCUAUCUAGAUCAGUGAUGGCUAACCUUUUUGCCAUCACAUGCCAAAAGCGGGGGGGGGAGCGUGGGGGGUCACGAGUGUGUGUGCCCACAUCCAUAAUUCAAUGCACCCUCCCUCCCAUGCAUGCGCAUGUGACCCCCCCCACUUCACCCUGCUUUUGGCACGCAAUUGCACGGUGGGCCUGGUAGGCCCGUUUUUCCCCCUCCUCAGGCUCCAGAGGCUUUCUAGGAGCCUGGGGAGGGGAAAAACAGCCUUCCUCAUCCCCCCGGAGGCCUUGCGGAGGCCGGAAACAGCCAGUUUCCCGACUUCUGGUGGGACCGGAAGGCUUGAAAAUCAGUUGGCCAGUGCGCGCAUGCGCGCUGGAGCUGAGCUAGGGCAACACUCGCGUGCCCACCAAUAUGGCUCCGCGUGCCAUCUGUGGCACCCGUACCAUAGGUUCGCCAUCACGGAUCUAGAUGGUAGCUGGCAGAAAUGAAUUCUGUCUCACCUUUCCUGUUAGGCCUGCAGCACAGAAUUUCACAUGCUCAGGUCUGACACUGCUCAAUCCAGAGGGGGAAAAAGAUGCUUCUAUGUAUGCAUAUCUCUUGCUCAGUUGGAUGCAAAACAUUUAUUGAUUUAUAUGUUACAUAAACAUAAAGGUUUAUGUUUAUAUGAUUCAUAUGUUACAGAUUGUUAAAAUAGUUCAUCUCUUAUACAAUUAUUUAAAUUUGCUUGGCUGCCUUAAAAACUAAUUUCAAGAAUUCAUAAACAUGAAACAAUCUGGGGUUUUGACAAAAUAACUGGGUUUCUGAAGCAGAAUUACUGGUGGAUUGCUUUCCAGUGUUGAAGUUUAAUAAAAUACAUUCUAUUUAUUUAUUAUAUUAAUUAAGGUAGCUGAACUAAAAAGUGUUAUGUGUUAGAAGGAAAGUUAUAUUCAAAAACAGAAUAAAGCAGAGCAGCUUUAGUUGGAAAGAUGGAUGCAAUAUGGAGUCCAAAUGUUUAGUGGCCGUCUGUUAAAUAUGACUCAGCUUUGUUGCCAAAGAGCAAAAGAUCUGUUUUUUCACUUAAAUAAUCCUUUUAGUGAUUAGAAUUACUUAAAAACAAAAUAUUUGAUCAUAUUCUAAAUGAAACAAUAAUUGGUCUGAUGCAGUUUAAUCAAACCAAUUGUUUUUUAUUAGAUUGUUUUAUUGAUUUUUUUUGGUAAUUUCUUUGUUGAUUGUUGUGAGUUGCACAGAGAUGCUGGGAGUUGGGUGGCAUAAAAAUUUUAUUAUUAUUAUGUCUGGUUGCACAAUUAGCCAGAUGUUUUAGAAUGGAUUUGGCAUUUUUAUUUAUUAUUAUUACUUCAAUCCAACAACAAUUUCAGUAUAUCAUUGAACACUUUAUGAAGGAUUUGCUUUUUAUUUAAAGAAUGCUCCCAUAAAUGCUUUCUUUUUGAAAUUUAGAAUUUUAAUAAGCAAAAAUAGGAGUCCAAAUGUUUUUGUUUUAUGUAAACAAGCAGUCUAAAACUAGUAUUUCUAACAUUAAAAGAAUGGCCAGAAAUGGUAAAGCCAAAUUUAAUCGUUCAGUCUCACCAAUUCUGGAAAAUUAGCCCUUACUUUAAACUUUUUCAUUAAAAUCAGUUAGUCUUCAGAUUUUUAACUAUUAUCUGAUAUUUAAAUUUACCUAUCCACAAUUUUAUUGCUUUAAGACAGAAAGCAAUUGAAAAAAACCCUUAUUGAUGGAAAUUUAGUAUUUUAUCAGAAUUGUCUAUGUAUGUGUUUAUGGGUAUUUUUGAAUUAUUAAUAUUCCAAGCUUGAUGUUUUUCCUCAGUGUUGCUGUCAUCUACGCUGUAUGUGCAUCUUUAAUGAGAUGGUAAUUGUCUGUAAUAAAUUAAUAAUUUUGAUGCUUGUA